CGGGAAAUUUGCGCAACCGAAAGAGAAAUCCAUCCAAAAUGCAGAUGAUGAUUGAGAGUUAUUUCAAUCUGCAUUUUUAUGGAUAUGGAGCAGAUAGUUUCUACAAUUAUAGCUCGGAGAGUUCUGAUGAGGAAGAAGUUCAGCUUGAAGCCCUGGAAGAAGUUGAUGAUCGUGAGUUUCCUUUUGAUGACGACCUGUUCUAUAUAAAUGUGAAAGCACCGAAGAUCAAAACUGGAUGGGACAAUCUUCCGAUGGAGAUCCUGAUCCAUAUCUUCACCUUCAUUCGGCCAAGUGAUCGUAACUCGGCAGCUCUCACGUGUCAUCGAUGGUUCGAAGCACUACGCCACCCGAUUUUCCUGAACGAAACUUGCUUUCACUUCGAACGGAUCGAGGUUUGCGAUACCCAGUCUCCAAUUAGAAUCUUUCUGGAUAGCUUUCGUCACUUCACCAACAUCAAGCUAACGAAGGUCAAAUUUAGCGGUGAAACCGAGUUUUGGAACUGCUUUGGAGUUUACAUUCGGGAAAUAACAUUCGACAACUGCGCACUAACUCAACCUGUGCUGAUGAGCAUUCUGGGCACGCUACCAAAUUUAGAACGGUUGAAUUUGGUCGAUUGUGACGAUUUGUUUAGACGUUGGCAGCCAGUCGAUUUUCAAAGCAUUCUCGUCUGUGAACGCUUGACGCAUCUCGGGCUUCGUAAAAUCAACGCGCUGACGGAGGAUCAUCUGAAUUACUUAGUUGCAAUGGCUCCAAGGAUCAAUUCAUUAGAAAUUUCGAAAUGUCUCAAGGAAAUGGAGGCCGUUAGACGUUAUCAGAUUUUAACGCACAUACUUCGUAUCCUAAAAUUCUACAAACACCAAAUGAGAGUUGUGAACUUCAGCUACACGAUGUACGAUGAUUUGUUCCUUAAGCAAUUCGCAGAAAUCGACAACAUGUCUCUCAGUAACAUAAGCUUAUCGUUCUUCGAUCGAGCACCAAUUAAAGAUCCCGGAAUCAUAGAUAUUCUACGGAAGCACAGUAAUGUUAUUCACUUGGACCUUACUGCGUUCUUGAACCUUACUGAUUUCGCCCUCAUAGACAUCACCAAAUCCAUGCCUUUGCUCAAAACACUCAAACUUAACGGUUGUUGGCUGCUUACAGAUUUCGGAAUAUCUGAAAUUGGAAAGCUUCGUAGGCUGGAAACUUUGGAUCUGUCGGACUGUGAUCGUGUGACUGAUGUGGGUUUUGUAAAUGCAAUCGUCGAUAAACCCCGCAAUGCUCUGAAGGAGCUGUACCUGAGUAUGCUUCCCGGAAUAACCGAAGGAAUGAUUUUGAAAAUUUGCAUCAAACUGGUUUACAUCACGGUUUUGGAUUUCUGUGGCUCGGAUUGCGUUAACGAUACAUCGAUCCAAUACAUCUUCAGUAACUUAAAGUUCGUGAGAGUACUUCGUUUGAAUGGUUGCGUUAAGAUCACCGACGCUGGUUUAACUGGUAUAGAUUUGCAACGAGUGGCGAUAGACAUCUGGAACAUACCGCAAACUUUUUCGAUCAAUAUGCUGGAGGAGCUGCAAGAACUUCAGCUAUCCGGUUGUCUGAAAAUCACCGAUUUUGCGUUGAAGCAUUCGUUCCAACUGGUAGCUCUCCGAGACCUCAACCUAUCGCACUGUGUCGAUAUCACCCAGGACGGCAUCGAAGCUCUGGUCCGUAAGUGUCCGUCGCUGGAGUCGGUCGAUCUGAGUGAUUGCGUUAACGUGACCGAUUGGUGUAUAGAUUUGCUGUGUAAACAUUUGGUGCGGCUGCGUAGUCUAAAGCUGGUAAGGUGCGCGCAACUGACGAUCGGAGCCAUUCAUGCUAUGGUGGCCAAUUGUCUGUUGUUGAAACACGUUAAUCUGCGAGGGUGCAGCAAAAUUCCACGAACCGGACUGGACAUGCUGGGGAAAAUGAAAUCCAUUCGCAGCUACACGCAGUACAUUUAG